GCAUCUCAAACCCAACUUCUUAAAGAACAAAAAACGAUCAGCCAUGAAGAGCGGCAGCCUGCUGACGCUCACCCUGGGAGCCCUCCUCCUCGCCGGCAUCCCCAUCUCCUCCGCCGCUGUCACCCCCAACAGCAACAUCCGCCUCCCCACCGACGGCGGCGACGAAUGGCCGUCACCGCCGUGGGACUGCUGCGACAAGCUGAAGCAGUCGCCGCUCAGGAUCUGGCCGCCCAAGUACAAGUGCCUGGACGAGGUCGACCACUGCGCCGCCGCCUGCGAGGACUGCAAGCGUGCCGACGGCGGCGGCUACGUCUGCCGGGACUGGUACUGGGGCGUCAACCCCGGGCCCAAGUGCACCGGCGGCGGCGGCGAGGAGGCGGUGAGGUCGAGGCCGUGGAAAUGCUGCGACGACGCCGUGUGCACAAGGUCGAUGCCGCCGACGUGCAGCUGCCAGGACAAGGUGAAGUCGUGCUCCGGCGGCUGCGGCAAGUGCGUGCAGGUGGAGUCGCAGCCGCCGCGCUUCCGCUGCCUCGAUCGCUACCACGGCUUCCCGGGGCCCAAGUGUCACAACCAGCCAGCUUAAUUAGCUACUCAUGUUAAUUAGCCUCAGAUCAUACGAUCCAACGGUGAAUAAGAGCGACGCGUCGAGCAGGGGCGCACGCGCUGACCGCUCGAUCAGCGUUAACGCCUUGCUUGCUGCCGAGUAGCAGUGACAUAUGUGUAACAUUCGUGUGGUCACGUAUGUUUUUUUUCCUUUAUUGUGUUUUUUUUCUUUAUUGUGUUUGUUUUAUCUGGAUCGUGAGGGAAUGUUUCGGUGACCAGAGUACGUAGUACUAGUAUGUUGUGGUUGCUGUCCAAUAAAUAAGAUGAAUUUGGUAGCAGUCUCAACUCUCAA